UCUUCUCUCAGAGCUCGAGCCUCUCUUCCCCCUCUCUGCCUUCACGAGUUCUCCUCUCCAAACCUGCGCGAGGCGGCCACUGAAGCGCGAGGCGAUUCCCCCCUCUCCCCCGAAACACUUCUGUCAACAUGUCUACAGUUGUAACCUCGACCAGAUUCACAGACGAAUAUCAGCUGUUCGAGGAACUCGGAAAGGGUGCCUUCUCUAUCGUCCGCCGAUGCGUCAAGAAGUCCACCGGCCAGGAGUAUGCUGCUAAAAUCAUCAACACAAAAAAGCUCUCGGCCAGAGAUCACCAGAAGCUGGACCGGGAGGCCAGGAUCUGUCGUCUGCUGAAACAUCCAAACAUAGUACGACUCCAUGACAGCAUCUCAGAGGAAGGCUUCCAUUACCUGGUUUUUGACCUCGUCACUGGAGGGGAGCUGUUUGAGGACAUUGUCGCUAGAGAGUAUUACAGCGAGGCCGAUGCCAGCCACUGCAUCAAUCAGAUCCUGGAGAGCGUCAGUCACAUCCACCAGCAUGACAUUGUGCACAGGGACCUCAAGCCUGAGAACCUGCUGCUGGCCAGUAAGAUGAAGGGAGCCGCGGUGAAGCUUGCAGACUUCGGUCUUGCCAUCGAGGUGCAGGCAGACCAACAGGCAUGGUUUGGUUUUGCAGGAACUCCAGGCUAUCUGUCCCCAGAGGUGUUGAGAAAGGACCCGUACGGCAAGCCAGUGGACAUAUGGGCGUGUGGUGUAAUCCUGUACAUCUUGUUGGUGGGCUACCCUCCCUUCUGGGACGAGGACCAACACAAACUCUACCAACAAAUCAAGGCCGGUGCAUAUGACUUUCCUUCUCCAGAGUGGGACACAGUGACCCCCGAGGCCAAAAAUCUGAUCAAUCAGAUGUUAACGAUUAACCCUGCCAAAAGGAUCACUGCCGACCAGGCCAUCAAGCAUCCCUGGGUCUGCCAACGCUCCACUGUGGCCUCCAUGAUGCACCGCCAAGAGACUGUGGAGUGUCUGCGCAAGUUCAACGCCAGACGAAAACUUAAAGGAGCUAUCCUCACAACAAUGCUGGUGUCCAGGAACUUUUCAGUGGGACGGCAGCAUACCAGCCCUGCCGCUACCACCAGCACGGCCGCAAUGACACAGGAAGCAUGCAAAACCUUACUAAACAAAAAGUCGGACGGUGUGAAGUCGCAGGGAAACAACAGUAAAAACAGUGUAGUAAGCAGCAGCAGCACCAAAGACAGCAGCAUGUCAUCUUCAGCACCAAUGGAAGCCCAGACAACUGUCGUACACAACCCAGCUGACGGCACCAAGGGCUCCACAGAGAGUUGCAAUAACACAGAAGAGGAGGAGAUGAAAGGUAGGAAAGUGGCUGCCUGUGAGUCUACUGGUUCAGACAGUGCAGUGGUAAGCCAGUGCAGCACCACUGAGGAACAGACCCAGACCCUGUCUACUCGCUGCCCACCACCUACCUCUGGUCCCCUGCAGGAGGCUGCUAGCAGCCCCAGUGUCCCUCAGACCAGUCCAGCUCAGAGCUCCUGUCUCGGUCCUGAACCAGAGUCCGCUCUGGCGCCUCCCGCAGGCGUCAGCCGCAACCUGCAGCAGACUCGUAAACAGGAGAUAAUAAAGAUGACAGAGCAGUUGAUUGAAGCCAUCAACAAUGGGGACUUCGAUGCUUACACGAUGAUCUGUGACCCUGGACUGACUUCCUUUGAGCCGGAGGCUCUUGGAAACCUGGUGGAGGGCAUGGACUUUCACAAGUUCUACUUUGACAACCUGCUGAGUAAAAACAGCAAGCCAGUGCACACCACCAUCCUCAACCCCCACGUCCAUCUGAUCGGCGAGGAUGCCGCCUGCAUCGCUUACAUCCGCCUGACGCAGUACAUGGACAGCCAAGGCCGGCCGCGCUCCUGCCAGUCGGAGGAGACGCGCGUGUGGCAUCGCCGCGAUGCCAAAUGGCUCAACGUGCACUUCCAUUGCUCAGGAGCACCAGCUGCACCACUGCAGUGAACUGUGAACCCAGGCCCAGCUUUGCCUGAACUCUAAAGCUGUUUGGAGCAUUUAUCUCCGUGGUCGGAUUGGUGCCUGGAUCCUGACCAGGAAGAAGCUGCUUGGAAAGUUGUAAAAACAUAAAAGUGGGCGAAAACACACAUUAUAAAUUAAACAAAAAAAAAAAUAAGAAGCCGAUUUCAAAAGCUUGCCUGAAAGACCAAUCACACAGACCAACACCAAUCCAGUCCAACCCUAGCUAUGUGAUGUUGGGGCCCGGCGGACGUCAGCCCCUUCUUGCAGAUGGUGCAUGCUUCUGGUGGCGACAGAGGGGCGAUGCCGUCCUUGGUCUUUGUCUCCCAUGGCCUUUAUUUCCCCGUCUGUUUUGUCUGCUAUCAGGAAAAGUAUUAUAACCGUUCUAUAAACAGAAAAAAAGUACACAUAGUUCACACACAUAGUGAAUAGAACGGGGGCAGCAAGUAUACUAUUGGAAAAAUGCGAUUUGUGUUUUGUUUUGUAGAGAGCAGCAGAAUGUCCGCUAAUAGAAUUACUGUUUGUUUCACGGGUAUAUCUGGCUUGGGUUUAUGGGAACUAGAGCGACUAAUAUCAACUUAAUAUCAGAAUUCAACAUCCAUUUUAGGUGUCACAAGUUUUAAAGGGGUUCUUGAAAAAGGAUAAAUCUUAAUCAAAAAGGGUCGAUUUAGUUUGAUAGAAUUGUGUAUAAAUAGGAGAAAGGGGGAAACGGGAUCUAUUUUCAGGGUGUAGGGAAGCCAGUUAAGCAUGCGUGUUAUUUUUUAUUUAUUUGUUUUGCCUUGAGGUCCCGAGGUGUAAAUACCAACACACACGCACACACACACUCAAGGUCCCUACGCUCCAGCCUUUAGGGUUAAGCCUCU